CUUACUUGUUGUCACCUAUUCCAUUGACUUGCAGUAUGUUCCAGACUGUACAAAGAAGAGCCUUCAGCUCUGCUUCUAGGGUGUUCAACAGUGCUAAGGCACCUAUUCCUCCACGCAAGCCAUUUAUUGGUACCAGAAUCUGGAGAACAACUAAGCGUGUGACCUUAUUAUCAGUUGUUGCUGCCACUGCAGCAGUCGCCUACAAGGUCUACAAGGAAUCUAACCCAGCUGAUCAACUUAAGCAAUCUCCUACCUUUGAAACUGGUCAAAAGAAGAAAACUUUAGUCCUUUUGGGUUCCGGUUGGGGUUCAAUUUCUUUAUUGAAGAACUUGGAUACCACCUUGUAUAACGUUGUUGUUGUUUCUCCAAGAAACUACUUUUUAUUCACUCCAUUGUUGCCAUCUUGUCCAACUGGUACUGUCGAAUUGCGUUCUAUUAUCGAACCAGUUAGAAGUGUUACUAGAAGAUGUCCUGGUGAAGUUAUUUACUUGGAAGCCGAAGCUACCGAUAUUGACCCAAUUAACAACACUUUGACCAUUAAGCAAUCUACCACUGUCCAUUCCGGUCAUUCCGGUAAGGACACUGGUUCUGCUAAGUCUACAGUUUCUGAACAUUCCGGUGUUGACGAAAUCGUUACUUCCUUGCAAUAUGAUUACUUGGUAAUUGGUGUAGGUGCUCAACCUUCUACCUUUGGUAUUCCUGGUGUUGCUGAACACUCAACUUUCUUGAAGGAAGUCAGUGACUCCCAAAAGAUUAGAAAGAGAUUGAUGGACUGUAUUGAAGCCGCUAACAUCUUGCCAAAGGGUGACUCUGAAAGAAAGAGAUUGCUUUCUAUUGUUGUCUGUGGUGGUGGUCCAACCGGUGUUGAAGUUGCUGGUGAAUUACAAGAUUACAUUGACCAAGAUUUGAAGAAAUGGAUGCCAGAAAUUAGUUCCGAAUUGAAGGUUACCCUUGUGGAAGCAUUGCCAAACGUUUUGAACAUGUUUAACAAGAAAUUGGUUGAUUACACUAAGCAAGUUUUCCAAGACACUAACAUUGACUUGAAGACUAACACUAUGAUUAAGAAGGUCAGUGACAAGAACGUUACCGCUCAAGUCACUUCUCCAAAGGAUGGCUCUAGUGAAAUUGUUGAAAUCCCUUACGGUAUGUUGAUUUGGGCUACUGGUAAUGCUCCUAGACCAAUUGUUAGAAACAUCACUUCCAAGAUUGACGAACAAAAGAAUGCCAGAAGAGGUCUUUUAGUAGAUGAUAAAUUGUUGUUGGAUGGUUCUGAUAACAUUUAUGCUUUGGGUGACUGUACUUUCACUAAGUAUGCACCAACUGCUCAAGUUGCUUUCCAAGAAGGUAUCUAUUUGGGUAAGCACUUUGAAAAGUUGCACCAAAUUGAAUCUUUGAAACAUCAAUUGGCUCAUCCAAACCCUGAAGAUAACCAAGAAAGAUUAGGUAAGAAGUUGGCUAAGUUACAAGAAAAGUUGCCAAACUUCGUUUACAACCAUCAAGGUUCCUUGGCUUAUAUUGGUUCUGAAAGAGCUGUUGCUGAUUUGGUCUGGGGUGACUGGUCUAAUGUGACUACUGGUGGUACCCUCACCUUUUUGUUCUGGAGAUCUGCCUACAUUUACAUGUGUCUUUCUGUCAAGAACCAAAUUUUGGUCUGUUUGGAUUGGGCUAAGAUUUCCAUGUUUGGAAGAGACUGCUCUAAAGAGUAAGCUCAUGAUUAUGUUUAGUAUGUUAUUAGUUAAUAAUAGAGUGAAUUAAGCUUGUAUAA